AGUGGGUUGUGGGAUUGUGGUUUUUCUCACGACAUGUCCCUGCUGUGGCGCAUGCCAGCCGAGGAGUGUGACAACUUAUCAAUGAAUUUCGUCGCCUCCGAACCGAACCGAGCACAGGGUCCCCAUUCAUCGUACCAGUGAAGUGUGAAAUUGGAGUUUAAAUGCAAUUUUUCAAGCAUCCUAAUUCGAUGGAAUCGUUUGCGGGUGUUUUAUAUUGCUUUGUCAGCAUCCUGCGUCGGACAGGAUUCCUAUAAAAGCAAGCUGUCGAUGCUCUGGGGAGUGUCAGUUCCAACUGGAAUGUGUAAGAGCACUAAGGGCACACACGCAUCCCGAUUAAGCUGCUGAAGUGUUGAACAAAACCUAUCAAGUGUUGUGAAUUUCCAUCUUGAAGCGCAAAGUGUGAAAGCAAACGAUGGUUAGUGCGAACGGAUACGUGAAGAUGGCGAAAAAGGGAACCAUCUUCAUGGUGGUUUGCAUCGGGCUAGUUGCUACCGUGCAGAGUGUUGCCUCGCUGACCCAGGAACGCCGCAACCUGGCGUCCGAAGCGUGUACGGAUGAUGUCGGCGAAAGACAAUACUAUUCCGAUCGACGUAUCGAUCGCUUGGAUCAGGAUCAGGAACAACGACUGCUGCUGUUUAAUCGGGUCGACAGACAGGGAGUGGAGGAGGCGGCGGAGGGCCGGCGCAUGAAAGUAGACCAUCGCGGAUUUGAGCGGUUCGUUGACGCUACUAGACGUGAAGAACUUUCAAACCGGGAGGCUACCGAUCGUGUGCUGGUCGGGCGCGAGCGGCGUGAGGAGGGCGUGACUGUAACCAGGCGUGAAGCUGAACGACGUGAAAAUCGACUUGACGAGCGUAUGGAGAACCGUCGUACAGAUCGCCGUGAUGAAAGACUACAGGAACGCCUGGGAGAGGAUCGGCGAAGAGAGGAACGCCGUGAGAACCUCCGAGAGGAACGUCGUGAAGAUCGUCUUCUAGACCGUGAAGAUAGGUUGGAUGGACAACGGAAGGAACGCCGUGAGGAUCUCCGAAACAACUAUCGUGAUGAACGACGAGAACAACAGGAACUUCGUGAAGAUCGUCGUCAAGAUCGCGAUGAACAGCGGCGCCAGGAUCGUCGUGAAGAUAGGUUAGAUGAACGACGAGAGGAACGUCGUGAGGAGCUUCGAAGCAACUACCGUGACGAUGAACGACGAGAACGUCGAGAGAACCACCGAGAUGAACGUCGUGAAGAUAGACGACAAGACCGGCAAGAAGAGCGGCGCCAGGAUCGUCGUGACGAUAGGUUGGAUGAACAGGAACGUCGUGAGGACCGCCGAGAGGAACGUCGUGAAGAUCGCCGAGAAGACAGCAUUGAAGACCAACGGAACAACCGCGAUGAACGACGGGAGGAACGACGUGAAGAGCUCCGAGAGGGUCGCCGUCAAGAACGUAGAGAAGAUCGUCGGGAGAAUGGUCGAGAGGGCCGUCGCGAGGAAAGGAUGGAGGACCGACGUCUAGAACGCCGUGUAGAUGACCGAAGAAACAACCGGGAAGAACGUGGAGAGGACAUGCGAGAAGAAGAACGACAGGCCGAUCGUCGAGUUCGAGACAGGGAAGAACGUAUGGACCAACUUCGCGAAAGCCGUCGCCAAGAGCAGUUAGAUGAUCGAAGACUGGAACGUCGCGAGGACAUACGUGAGGAAGGUCGUCGUGAAGAACUCCGAGAGAGCUACAGGGAUGAACGCCGUGAGGAGCGUCGUGAAGAACGUCGCGAGGAAGGCCUUCGUCGAGACGAACGUCGUGUAGACCCUGAGGACCGACUAGUCGCGCGUCGUGAAGAUGAGCCUCGCCAGGAGCGUAGAGAACGCGCCGGAGAGGAGCGUCGAAUUCGUCAGGAAGUGACCGAUGAACGUCGUGCUGAACGCCGGGAAAACAAUGAACGUGCCGAAGAAGCCGAACGACGUGAAACCCGUAGCGAUAGACUGAACCAAGCUGGAGGCCGUUUUGAUGCCCGUGAUAAUCGUUCUGAGCGUCGCAUUGUACGUGAGUUGAAGCAUAUGGACGAUAUGACUCGUGGCGAGGACAAGCUGAUGGCCGCCUUCCAGCAGGAAAAUGCGUUCCUCUAUCAGCUGAUACAAACGGCAGCCCUCGUCGGUGUUGCUGGUUACUGGCUGCUGAAGGGUACGGGUGGAGCCAACACCGAAGGAGAAGAGCUGAAAAAGAAAGCAGCUCCUUGCUCCAUGAUGGAAUCUUUCGGCAAGCUGCUUGCCGUUGGAAAUGAGUAAAAAUUACAACCUAAUAAUCUCUAUCACACACUUAUCACUCUAUUAUCCAGUGCAUUUUAGACGUCAAAGAGUAGAGAUGUGUACGGCAGCUCCUAACCAGAACACACAGGCAUUAACACAGGAUACACAACCACAGGCUUAACAGACAGUACAAACAAGCAAAGCAAAAGCACUAUUAUAUCCUUACAAAGUAGUUCGAUGUAUACUAACCUUAUCCGGGUCACUAACUAACCUUUGCAGUGCAAGAAAGGCAAUAAUGUAGAGCCC